UUGAGACUUCGCUUUGGUGACGUGUUCAGCCUACAGAUGGGCUGGAAGCCAGUGGUCAUUAUCAAUGGAAUAAAGGCUGUGCAGGACAUGCUGGUGACCUGUGGAGAGGAUACCUCAGACCGUCCACCAACACCCAUCUUUGAAUUCUUGGGCUUGAAGCCCAAAUCCCAAGGUGUGAUCCUUGCAUCUUAUGGACCUGAGUGGCGAGAACAGCGGAGAUUCUCUGUGUCCACCCUGCGCAACUUCGGCUUGGGCAAGAAGUCACUGGAGGAGUGGGUGACCACGGAGGCCGGCUGCCUCUGUGCCGCCUUUGCUGACCACAAAGGACGUCCCUUCAAUCCCAACACCCUCCUGAACAAAGCCGUGUGCAAUGUGAUUUCGUCCCUCAUUUAUGCCCGUCGCUUUGAUUAUGAAGACCCCUACUUCAUCAAAAUGUUGAAAAUACAGGAAGAUAGCUUGAAAGAGGUCUCUGGCUUCAUUCCUCAGGUAAGAGGCUCAGGGUAGUUUGCAGGGCCCUUU